CGGUGUGCGCACGUGACCUGGACGGAGGCGCGCCGCGGCCGAAUUUCUCGACUGCACGUCGACGACGGCCAUCAACGCCGCGCAACUCGGGGUCGAGCAUCACAAAUGAGCGCACGAAUACCCGCCCGGCGGCUCGGGCAGUCGGCCCUCGCCUUCCGCCCCCGAUGCACGCCAUGGACGGCGGUGCCGACCGUCGCCCAGCGCAACGCCUCGACCGGCGCGCCGGCCGACAGAGACCUCUCGAACCCGCUGCUCGAAAAGUAUCUGCAGCAGAAGGAGGCCGAGCGCGCCGCCACCGAGGCCGCCCAGCCCGUUCCGGACGGCGCGGCCCCGAAGAAGCCCAGCACCUCGGUGCGCGACGGCGCCACAUACUCGGUGCCCUCGCCGCUGUUCAGCCCCGAGCGCCUCAUCCCAGGCUUCCGCGACAACGCGCCCGAGACGGAAAAGGCAGCGCUCCAGGCACGGGCCGAGCAGAGGAGGCUGGCCGUGCAGAGCGAGGAGGAAAAGAGGCUGCUGAGCGUCAACAUCGACCCCGACCCGGCCGCACGCCGCAGCCUCGAGCGCAAGCUCGUCAUCAAGAGCGUCACCCGGCACGGCCGCAUGACCAAGGCCGCCAAGAUUGCCCGCACCGAGCGCACGUCGCUGUACAAGUCGCACUUCCUCCCGACCUCGGUCAAGAAGAUACAGAAGAUCCUGCGGCAGAUCGCCGGCAAGACCGUCUCCGAGGCACUCGUGCAGCUGCGCUUCUCGCCGAAGAAGGUGGCACGCGACAUCCUAAAGGGCCUGAUCGUCGCCCAGGACGAGGCCAUUGCCGGGCGGGGUAUGGGGCUGGGCGACAAGCACGCCCUGAAGAAGUGGGUCGAGCAGCGCAACGAGGUUGCCUCCACCCUGGCCGACCUCGACGAGACCACAGCCAGGACAAAGGGCGCGACCCAGGUCAUCGAGCUCAAGGACGGAAGGAAGAAGCUGGUCAGGGACCCGACUGAGGUGUACAUCGACCAGGCCUGGUGCGGCAGGGGCGAGGCCUGGAAGUCUCCCGAGUUCAGGGCGAGAGGAAGAGUCAACAUGCUGACGCACCGGACAACGAGCUUCACGUUCCUCCUCAAGGAAGAGAAGACACGGAUGCGCAUCUCGGACGAGAUCAGGAAGAAGCGCGCCAACCGCAAGCUCUGGGUCGCUCUGCCCGAUCGGCCUGUAACGGCGCAGCGACAGUACUGCCUGUGGUAGCUGGCUGUAGGACUGCAUGUACAACAUGGGCGCACGUGUGUGAAUAAGCGUAGAUUGGCAUGAGCUUACAAGCCAUGAGCUGUACAACAUGCGGAUUGUUUGAACCACAACAGCAAACUCGAUCCUAUCCAUUGAUCUGUUGUCACGCUCGCCGUCCCCCGUUACUGCUCGCCGUCCCCCGUUACUGCUCGCCGUCAUCGAGCCACUUUGCUGUGCUGCACAUGAAGGUGCCAUGCUGACGUCACGUGCCCACAGCCUCGCCAUCACAAACUCUGUAUAACACGCUCUCCUCGCAGCCUCGCCAUCACAAAAUCUGUAUAACACGCUCUCCUCGCAGCCUCACCAUCACAAAAUCUGUAUAACAC